AUGGCGUCCAUGGAGAACAUCCAUGUCCGGACGGACGGCGAGCCGGGGUGCGCUCUGCCGCCGGAAGCACACUCUUUCUCGGGGGAUAUCGGCGGCGGUACGACGAUCGAGACGCCUUUCUCUGUGUCGUUGAGCGUUCCGGCCUCACCGAUGGAGACGAAGAUCGGUGUCCACCACCCCGCCAUGCCCCUGAGGCAAGCCCGUCAACACUCGCUGCCGUCCCCGGUAGUCAGAGGUAAUGCCGACGCGCCGGCCGUGCCGCGGAGCGACACCAUGCGGAAGCGGGACCGGCGAUUCGACCGCUUAAGGACCUUCUCCGGCCGCCUCGACCGCCAGCUCUCCACCCUCCGCGGCUUGUCACAGGAACUGCCGGCUGCUGACCCCGAGCGUGGCAGCGCCAAUAUCUCCGAGGAGGACACUGAUGAGGACCACGACGUCCCCACCGCCGGCCGCUACUUCGCCGCACUCGAAGGCGCCGAGCUCGACACCCUUCGUUCGACGGAGGUGGCGGUGCUGCCCAAGGACGACCUGUGGCCUUUCUUGCUUCGGUUCCCCAUCAGCGCCUUCGGGAUGUGCCUUGGCGUCAGUAGCCAAGCGAUGCUAUGGAAGACGCUCGAGUCAGAGCCCUCCAUGGCGUUCCUCCGCGUGCGCCCCGCCGCCAACCAUGUCCUCUGGUGGGUCUCCGUUGCCCUCACCGCCGUUGUCUCCAUCGUCUACCUUCUCAAGGUCGUCUUCUACUUCGAGGCCGUCCGCCGCGAGUUCCACCAUCCGGUCCGCGUCAACUUCUUCUUCGCUCCCUGGGUCGCCUGCCUCUUCCUCGUCAAGGGAGUGCCCCUCCCAGAGUGGGAGAUCCACCAUGUCUUCUGGUACCUUCUCAUGGCGCCCAUCUUAUGCCUCGACCUCAAGAUCUACGGCCAGUGGAUGUCCAGCGGCGAGCGGCGCCUCUCAAAGGUGGCCAACCCAUCCAACCACCUCGCUGUUGUUGGCAACUUUGUUGGUGCGCUACUCGGUGCCAAGAUGGGCCUCCGGGAGCUGCCCAUCUUCUUCUUUGCUGUUGGGUUGGCCCACUAUGCGGUGCUCUUCGUCACCCUCUACCAACGGCUCCCCACUAACAUGCAGCUCCCCAAGGAGCUCCACCCGGUCUUCUUUCUUUUCGUUGCCGCACCUAGUGUCGCGUCCAUGGCAUGGGCGAGGAUCUCCGGCGAGUUCAACAACAGCGCCAAGCUCCUAUACUUCAUCUCGCUCUUUCUCUAUGUAUCGUUGGUGGUGCGUGUCAACCUGUUCCGGGGGUUAAGGUUCUCGUUGGCUUGGUGGGCCUACACGUUCCCGAUGACGAGUGUUGCCCUAGCGACGGUGUUGUAUGCGUCAGAGGUGAACAACAUGAUAACACAAAUGCUUGCGGUCGGGCUAUCAGGAAUUGCCGUUGUCACCGUCAUCGGCGUGUUGGCCACCACCGUGUACCACGCCUUUGUGCGUGGGGACCUGUUCCCCAACGACGUUUCCAUCGCCAUCACGCAAAAGAGGCCCAAAUUUAGCAACAUACUUGCACACCUCCGCUCGCCCACUCCGGCGUCAAGUAGCUCAUCCUCUAACUCUAGGACAACGUGCAGCGUCGGUGAGACUCCGGUGGUGCAUGGGCAUGGAAGAGCAGAGUGUUAUAUGGUCGGUGAACAGCAGGAUGCAUGUUGUGAAUGCACACAAGAGUUGAUAUUGAUUAGUACCAACUUAUUUGUACAAAGUUCCUUCUCUUUGUUUUCUUUUGUUCUUUUUCCAUCAUUUGCCAACUGA